UUCUAAAAACAGAUCCAAGAGGCCUCAUUCGAACGAAUCGACGUUGUUUUAUCGAGUAUUGUAGCUGAUGGUCGAUAUCUGUCUAAAUUUUCACGAUAUUCUUUAUUACGUCUAGCUUGACAGCAACAGAUACGAACAAGAGCUUUCAAGAUGUCUACUCCAAUAGCAAAACCACAACUUCGUGGUCUCCUCACAGCACAGAUCAAAAAGAAUCUUGUAUCAAUGUUGGUAAUUAGCAUUAGUGCGGGACUGGCAUAUAAGAUUCUUGUUACUGAUAAGAGAAAACAUAGAUACGCCGAAUUUUACAAAACCUACGAUGCAGAGAAACAGCUAAAGAUAAUGAAUGAAGCUGGUCUCAUGCAGUCCUAUAUUCCUCAAAAGAAAUAAAUUUAUGUAUACAAAUGAUAGAAGAAAAGCUUGAAAGAGCGAAAAUAAGAUAGUCUUUUUCGAGAUUAUAUAUUAUAUCUAUAUAUAUAAUAAAUAAAUUCAACAUAGUAUUAAGUA